UGCCUCAAAAGCAGGGUCUGUCAAGUUUGUUCUACGAAUUGCAUUAAGGUGGGCUUGAAAACAAGAGAGAGUCAACGACAUCAGAGUAAAAGAGAUAAAUAUAUAAUGUUGCCACCAAAAAUACAAUUUCGUAUUCUCCCUAAUAAUGAGCGUAUAAAUUGAUUUUUAAAGUAAAUUACCCUUGAAGAUACUUUUAGCUAUUAUUCUAAUGCCAAAAAAUAUACUUAGUUGAGAAAUAUUAGAUAUAAAAUUUAAUAUUACUUAUUAGAAAAUAUAUAUGGGGGAUUAUGUGUGGCAACACUAAUGUCCGGACGCCAUAUUGGUUUUGACAUUGUUGACGUCACAAGAAAAAUGUCUGCGGCCGGUUGCGCACCAUUUUAUCUUGUACUAAUGUUUAUUUGUAAUAAAUAAACUACUUCCAUUUAAUUCUACAUACAUUGAUAACGUUGAGUCGAGCUUGCUCCUCCGUUGCUGUGUUUUGGUGAAAUUAAGUGUGUAUUUGUGAGAUAUAGACUCGGUGUUGAGACAGUGACUUGUUUGAUUUUGUUUUGUGUUUAAUUCGCGAUGAGUUCACAAAAAGAAAACACAAGAAUCUGCUGCUUGUGUGGAUCUUCACCUUCUAAAGAUCCCAGCAUCACUUUGCAUCGGUUUCCAAAGCCUGGCACUAAAAUGCUCUGCGUUGUGAAUUAUGGGCAAAGUAUUGCUUCCCAAACGAAGCCUGGUCUUCACCAAAAUUCCAGGACGCACUCCAUAAACAACAUAAGAUGCUAUGCAGCAAACAUUUCAAAAGCACAUGCUUUAAUGAGAAGAAGUUGUUCAGAACAGCUGUACCUGAUGUUUGUAAAUAUCAAAAUAUAAUUGGUCUAGUGUCUUUCUCUUCCUAAUCAUUUCUAUAAUAAAGAAGAAAUAACACCAACGUUUAUUACACAAUAUGAUAGAAUAAUUUAAACCAUGUCUGUAAACUUGUUGUUUGUUAAACAAAUCGAUAGUAUUCUUUAUUGUAUAAUAACAUAGUCUUGUUUUUUAUAAUAGUAACACUUUAAAACUAACUAGAAUUUUUGUUUGUUUAUGUUUUGAUGUUGAAAUUGUAUGCAAUAGGCCCAUCCAUACUUGUUAUUUUGGACGAAAAUGUCUGAAAUACCUACCUAAAUUGAUUAAAUUCAUGUAUUUUAAAAUUCAUUACAUAGGUGCACAUACUUGUGAUUUAUGAACACCUUUUGUACCCUAUUUCUGGAAAUAAAUUAUAAUUAUUAACAUGCUAAAUAAAAAACUCUUGUACUGUAAUCUUCCUUUUAUUACACUGCUGCACUGCUCUAUAAAGAUAAAUAUUAGCAAUUUAUGCACAAGUACACUGUGUUUCAUGUCGAUUAUUGCUGAGCAAAAUGUGAUAAUCUUGCUCAGCCAUAAUCGACGAACGCACUGGGGCCCGAUUCUCCUAAUUUUACGAUUCAGUCGAGUCGAUUCACAUUCGACUGAGAUUCAAUCCCGACUCAAUUACGAUUGAAGCAUAUGUGGCAUUCCGCUAUUUUUCUUUGAAAUAAACGUUUUUAUCCUUUUCUGUCAUUCAAUAAUGAAUCAUUUUGUCUGCAAAUGAUUUACGAUUGCAAUAUGAUUGUAGAGCAAACUACCGUAUAGACCAAAAUCACCAAAAUAGCAGACCAAUCGCAAACCAAUCGAAUGUCGUUGGAAUACGAUUGGUCUUAUAUUAGUAGCAGAAUGCCCGAUAUGGUUAAAACUGCUACUGCGAUCAUAUUGCGAUUCAAUUUCUAUUCGAUUUUAACAUUAUUAACUUAGGAGAAUCGGGCCCCUGUACUUGUGCAUAAAAUGCAAUAAAAAUGACCUAUAGAAUAUACUGUAGUUUGAAACUCCCGCCCUAGCUUCUACUCUCUAGUUUUCGUGGGCGGAAUAUAGAUGGCGCCGGCCGGUAAGGAAAAAUUUCCUCAUAAAAUUUGUACGGAGUCGUUAUUCUUCCCUUUAGGGUAUAUAUGUUCUGUGCUCAAAAGACGUGUUGUAUUCCUAGCUGCGCUUCGUCGAUCGGCACAGGGGCAGUGCUGCAUGCUUUCCCAAACCCUUCAUUUGAUAGUGACAAGUUUCAUACAUGGGUUGUCAAUGCUGGUCUUGUGGGAGAAGAUGGUGAUCAUAUAUUUAGAAAUAGAAGAAUCUGCCGUCUCCAUUUUGAAGAAAUAUAUCAUUAUCCCAAGAAUAGAUUAAGUAAAUUAGCUGUACCAACGCUGCAUCUUUCAGAUAGUCAGUCAGUCAGUAGAGGAAACCAAGGAUUGCAAGAGGCAGCUCCCAGUACUGUUGACGAGGUAUUAGAUACCAGUGUUACCGCAGAAGUUCAAGGAUCACUGGAUAAGUCACCGGGUCCUGUUGAGGAAGAAGCAGAUGCACCCGUUGAAGUUAAGGAGGUGUGCCGCAUCUGUCUCGCGUUUAACGUGAAAAUGUAUAAUAUACAAGAAUAUAAUUUGUGUCAAAUGUUAUAUGACAUCACCGGUAUCAAGGUUGGUGAAAACGAUGGCAUAUUCCAAUAUGUAUGUUACGAGUGUGCUGCACGACUUUCAGCGGCUUCAGCGUUCAGGCAUAAAGCGCUGAAAAGUGACGGCAUGCUGCAGCGACUGAUGAACUGCGGCGAUACAAUAGCCGAACAAAUAACAUUUCUUAAAGAGAACCUUGACAUUUUGAAACCGACGCUUACAGUGCAAGAAGUUUUCAUAACUACUGAUAUUGCUGAAGAACCAAAUAUUAAGUUUAACCUUAUUGAUGACAAGACUGUAGAAACUACACAUGUCGUUAUAAAAGAGAAAUAUAAGGAUAUAGUCAAAACGUUCUGUGAUGUCGAGACCAUAGAUAAUUUUGUUCCUACGGAAAGAUCUUUGACGAUGAAUGAAGAUGGCAGUGUUACUAUAUGUGAAAAUAUUAAAGAACAUGAAAGCACUACUUUACAUGGUGAAGAAGACAAUUCUAACGCGAUUACGAAGGAAGAUUUAACCAGACGAGUAAAAGAGAGGCUUAAGGAAUUAAAAUGUUGUAAUGUACCGGACCUGGCCAAGGAGUUUGGUGUCACUACUGAACUUGUACAGAAAAUUAUUGAUGACGCUGGUUUUAAAAAAGGAUAUAAAAGAAAAAAAGGCUCCCCUCAGAAUCAACGAGGAGCGGGGAAAAAGAGUAAAGUCUCUUGAAUAAAAUGGCGGAACUAUCUCUGAAAUGUGAGUGAUAUAUUCAUUCAUACAACAUUCAACUGCCUGCCAGAAAGUCUUACCAAGGGGUGUUGGGUUGCCCGGGUAACUGGGUUGGGGAGGUCAGAUAGGGCAGUCGCUCCUUGUGGCACACUGGUACUCAGCUGCAUCCGGUUAGACCGGAAGCCAACCCCAACAUUGUUGGGAAAAGGUUUGGCAGAUGAUGUUACGAUGCAUGCGCUGUGCAGAUAAAUGAAAAAAAAAUACUGAGUUGUUAUCUGUUACUGACAAUGAGGGAGUUUUGUAAUAAAUAUUGUUGAUUUUAAAAAUGUAUUUAUUGGUUUUAUUUAUUGAUACCCAAAGACUAACAAACUGCUGGAUAGCGUAGUAGCGUAUUUCCCUUUCCGUGUUCAACUGGCGACAUCGGUCUCGCGAAAUCCACACGCUUUUGUUUUACUACGGAAUCCUACGAUCCCUUGUUCAAUUCGCGUCAACAGAGCACGCUUUUGCGAUCAAGCAACGUUAAAAGAAGUUUUACAAAACAGUGUGUAAUAUAGUUGAACACGGUGUUUUAACCUGUCUAUUCGAAACUGUUCGGAAUCGCAGCUAAAUUCGCUAAUUAUUUAGGUAGCCAACACUGCCGAAAAGCUUCUCCAAUCAGCGUGCUCCACAUCGCAAUUACACGCAAAUUUAUUUCGCCACUAUUGGUCGCAAUAUUGUUCCCUUACCCCACUGUCCUCGAAUAAUGUAACGCUUAGAAAAAUACAUCGCUGCAUAGCUUCUUACUGUACGCAUCUCUCUUUUAUUUCUCGCCAUAUUUCACCUACACUCAUCAUCAAAUCUAGCAAGCAGGCCACACAAUACGCUAACUUUCAAGUACCGGCGCAUCAAUCCGGUACAUGUGGUCCUUCGAGCCGGAUCCAAGUAUCAGCAUCCUACGGAAUACGUUCACCGCUGUGGCCGCUUUGCUAGCUCGAGAAGACUGGACUGGACUCAGGACUACCUGGAGGCUAAGCGCAAAAGGGAAUAGAUAACGGAUUGGGAGCUCAUCGGGCAUCACACGCACGCAAUCUGGUGGGACCAACCAUCCUUUCUUUUCUCCAUCACCUCCUUGUUCUCUUUGUGAUACCAGUGCUUCAACUGAUUUCAGUGCUCGCAUCAUUGUGCUGAACAAGUUCAUUACGAGUGCGUACUUGUGGUCGUCGAUAUCGCUGCAGACGCGGUCUUCCGGCAUUCCAACCGUGAGUACUCCUAUUUUCACCGACCACCAAAAUGGCUACCGUAGAAAGUGCACAGUCACGCGAUAAAUCUCCCCUAACAUUAGCUGUCGAUAGUGCUAAUUCUAAGUCUCGCGAUAGGUCCCCUAAUCUAGCAGGAGAUCAAAAUUUACUCCGAGAACUAGUGCGAAAACGUGGCAUCAUAAAAGGCAGACUCACUAAGUUCUCAAAUUAUUUAAAUUCAUUUGAAAAUAACGAUGACCUUUUUUCGUCCUCGCGCGUACGAAUUGAUUUAAAAUUACGCAUAAAAGGAGCUGCUAGUUUAUAUGCCGAGUUCAAUCAAGUUCAGGCUCAGAUAGAAGAAUGUGUAUCAGAUAGUGACAUGGCUGACCAGCUAGAUCAUAGAGAAGCGUUUGAAAACUCUUAUUAUAGCAUAUUAGCCCAUGCGGAGUCCCUUCUGACCGAGACUGUUGAGGGCGAGGUUACAGACGCUAAACAUUGUUGUAGUGAACAACCGCAAUCCGUGAAACUUCCUACAAUAACACUGCCUAGCUUUGACGGUUCGUAUGAGCACUGGCUUGAAUUUCGCGACACUUUUCUCUCGCUGGUCCACAAUUCCAAACGCAUAAGUAAUAUCCAAAAAUUCCACUACUUAAAGUCCUCUCUAAAAGGUAAUGCCGAAUUAGUUGUUAACUCGGUGGAAUUUUCCUCGGACAACUAUAUUGUGGCGUGGGAACUACUACUAAAUAGGUUCAAUAACAACCGACUUUUAGUGCACAACCAUGUGAAGGCCUUGUUUAGCAUUGAUUCGUUGUCUAAAGAGUCGCCCGUUUCCCUCCGUAAACUUAUUGACACGAUACUUAAGAAUUUACGUGCACUUAAAAUCCUAGGCGAGCCUACCGAUCAGUGGGAUACGCUUAUUAACUACAUUAUAGUUUCCAAACUAGAUAAAACCACUGAGCGCGAGUGGGAGACACACAAAUGUUCACUGUUUCCGAGCGAUAAUAAUUCUAAACGCAUAAUUAAGGUUAAUGAGUUGAUUGGUUUCCUUAAAGACCGGGCGGAUAUGUUGGAAACCUUGCAGCUUUCACACAGCAAAGAACAAACUAGUACACUGAACGAAAACAAAAAACAUAAAUCACAUUCACAUAAUACGUCACACUGCAAUGUUUCCACACACGUUAAGUCUAACGACAGUCGCACGCCUCGCUUUAAAAGGUCUUGCUUAAAAUGCAACGGCGCUCAUCCACUUUAUUCUUGCCAACAGUUUAUCGAUAGUGACUUAGACGCUAAAUUGAAAUUAAUUCGCGAUCACAAACUUUGCGAGAAUUGUUUACGUUCGGGACAUGCGCCUGAUAAGUGUAUGUUUGGGCCAUGUAGGAAGUGCAACCGUAAACAUAACUCAUUAAUUCAUAAUGAUAGUAGCGAUGGUCUAGUCUCGCUCCAUUCGCAUAUUGUGACUAAUGAUCCUAACGCCAGUGGUGCAAGCGCAGGGCCGAGCGUCCCCGCUCCCUCGACUGGUAAACCGGUUCCUAUUCUCGUAAACAACUCACAUACGCAUAAUAAUAAAUAUAUAGAUGUGCACUCCGUGUUAUUGUCAACCGCAUUAGUCGAGGUAGCCGACGUUCACGGUGUUUAUCAUCAAGCUUGUGCGCUUCUUGACAGUGGUAGUCAGAGGUGCUUCAUAACUAAAUCGUUUUGCAAUAUACUUAACGUUACUACGUCACUGUCUAAUUACGAAGUUAGGGGUGUCGGUGAUUCAUUGUUACAAUGUUCGGAAACUUGUAGCGUUGAAGUUAAAUCGCGAGUCAAUAAUGAAUUCAAAACACGCAUAACUUGUUUUGUAUUGUCACAAAUAACUUCAACGAUGCCGGCCUUAUGUCAAAUAAACGCGCAGUUCUGUAUUCCAGACAACAUAAGACUAGCCGAUCCGUUAUUUUUUGAUUCUAAAAGUAUCGAUAUACUUAUAGGCGCAGAUAGGUUCUGGGACUUAUUAGCGGAAGGCAAAAUGAGGCUUCCCACCGGGCCUUAUCUGCAGAAUACCAAGUUAGGGUGGAUUAUUUCUGGCUCUGUUUACAAUACGCGAAAUGCAGGUCGUAUUCACUGUAACUUGAGUCAUUCGUUAGAUUCGCAACUACGCUUAUUUUGGGAGCUUGAGGAGCUGCCCAAACUCAGGGACACGCAGACUCAGGAAGAACGUAUGUGUGAGGACCAUUUCAUUCACAAUACUACGCGUGAUAGUGAGGGACGGUUUCAAGUACGCAUUCCGUUUAAAGAGUCACCUGAUGUUUUAGGCGAAUCGUAUACGCAAGCUGAACGUAGAUUUUACGCCUUAGAAAAACGUUUACAGCGAUCUCCUGAUUAUAAAUUGUUAUAUACAAAUUUCAUGCAGGAAUACCUGGACUUAGGCCAUAUGAGUCCAGUUAGCAGUUAUGAACAUCCGUGCUAUUUCAUGCCGCAUCACGGCGUGUUUAGGGAGCACAGCACUACAACGAAGUUACGCGUCGUCUUCGAUGCUAGUGCUGCCUCGACAUCAGGUAAGUCACUCAACGACUUGCAAUUAGUUGGACCACCGAUACAAGGUGAUUUGGUAUCUAUUCUUAUACGUUUUCGACAGCACAAGUUUGUCGUGUGUGCAGACGUUCAGAAAAUGUUUAGAAAUUGCUGGGUAGCAGAAGACCAACGCAAGUUGCAAAUGAUUUUGUGGCGUAAUGAUCCAUCGUUACCAUUGGGAGUAUAUCAAUUGAACACCGUUACCUACGGAACCGCAUCCGCACCGUUUCUUAGCGUUAGGUGUUUGAAACAGCUAGGUAUCGAAUCUUCUGACCCUGAAAUUCGGAGGGUAGUUACAGAAGAUUUUUACGUAGAUGAUUUGUUGACUGGCAAUGAUGACAGGCUUGUUUUACUGCAGUUAUGUAAGAAUAUUCAAAGCACAUUACAAGCGGGUUGUUUUCCCCUUCGCAAAUGGGUUUACAAUUUUCCAUGUCCCGAUACCGACUUAUUAGUAGAUAGUUCAAUAGAAAUAAAAUCUAACGAAAAUAUAAGCACUAAAACAUUAGGCUUAAGCUGGAAUAAUGUUAAUGAUACGUUUUAUUUUAAUACUCAGAUUACUGCCAAUGAUAAACCUGUCACUAAAAGGUGUAUAUUAUCCAGCAUUUCACAAAUUUUCGACCCACUUGGUUUGUUAAGUCCAACGAUUAUUAUCGCAAAGGUAUUGUUGCAGCAAUUAUGGCUUCUUAAAAUCGGUUGGGAUGACAUAGUUCCAUCUAAUGUCGCGCGGACGUGGAACCGGUUUGUUAUCUCUUUAGAAGCGCUCGACGCAAUCCGUGUUCCUCGCCACGCUAUAGGUAGUGAGCCUAUGUUUAUAGAAUUGCAUGUAUUUAGUGACGCCUCACAGACAGCGUACGGCGCAUGCAUAUAUAUUCGUACAGUAAAUAAGGAUAACACAGUUACAGUUAGGCUUCUUUUCGCAAAGUCUAAGGUUGCGCCACUGAAACCUAUAAGUAUACCGCGUCUAGAGCUUUGCGGUGCUUUACUAGGUGCUAAAAUACUAGAUAAGGUUCGUAGUUCGUUACGUUGUGAGUUUAAGAACCUAGUGUUUUGGACAGACUCAACCAUAGUACUUGGGUGGUUGCGUAUGUCACCAAACAAGUUAAAAACCUUUGUUCAGAACAGGACGGUGGAGAUUCAUGAACUCACACAAGAUGUUCAGUGGCGCCACGUGAGGACUAAGGAGAAUCCGGCUGAUCUGGCUUCACGAGGUUCGAAGGUAGACGAACUUGCUUCUUCCAAAUUGUGGUGGGAAGGUCCAGAGUUUUUGAGAAGUGCUAUGUUCUCACUGGACGAUCACCAUGUCAUAGACGCAGAUGAAAAUCUUCCCGAAGUUAGGCCAGCUAUUUCUUCAUUCGUAACUCAUGAUGCUUCAACAUAUUUCUCGUUUAAUCGAUUUUCACAACUUAAGCGCAUGAAACGUGCGGUGGCGUAUGCGUUACGUUUCAUUUACAAUAUUCGCAAUAAAAAUAAUAAACGUACAGGCAUCAUUAGUGUUGAUGAAUUGAAUGAGUCUCAAAUAGUUUUAAUACGGUGGUCACAGAUGGAAAGUUAUCCAACUGAAUAUAAUUUAUUAUCCAAUAGUUCGCAAUGUACAUUUAAAGGUAAUUUAGCCAAAUUAAAUUUAUUUUUAGACGACAAUAAAAUUAUUCGCGUAGGUGGGCGCUUAUGUGACUCGCAUGAAUUUAGUUACAAUAAAAAGCACCCUAUCUUAAUAUCAAGUAAGCAUUAUUUUUCUUUGCUACUGUUUCGUCAUGAGCAUUUACAGCUACUCCACGCUGGGCCUCAGGCAUUACUUUAUAAUUUACGCGAAACAUUUUGGCCUUUGGGGGGCAGGAGUUUAGCUAGACGUGUAGUGAAUGCUUGCGUUACUUGUAACCGUAUUAGGGGUAGAAUUCUUACGCCACAAAUGGGCAAUUUGCCUAUGGAGAGGAUAACCGCUUCUUUUCCAUUUUAUCGUUGUGGCGUUGAUUAUUGCGGGCCAGUUCUUAUACUUAAUCGCAAAGGUCGCGGAGCUAGAACUUCUAAAGCCUACAUUUGUUUGUUCGUUUGUUUAGUAACGCGGGCAAUACAUUUAGAGCUGGUCAGUGAUCUCACUUCUGAAGCAUAUCUACUAUCACUCAAUAGGUUUAUUUCUCGGCGUGGAAAGCCGAUAGAAAUAUUUUCAGACAAUGGUCGAAACUUUGUUGGCUUGAUGAACGAUUUUAAGGAGUUUCUUGGUAGGUGUAGUUCUGAUUUAAUAGAAUAUGCAACUAGCCAGCAAAUAAAAUUUAAGUUCAUACCUCCAUAUUCGCCUCACUUUGGUGGUCUGUGGGAAGCAGGAGUAAAGUCUUGCAAAUUUCAUCUACGCCGUGUGGUAGGGAAUGCGCACCUUACUUUUGAAGAGUUAAGCACUGUCUUAUCACAAAUAGAAGCAGUCCUUAAUUCCCGACCAUUAUCCCCACUUUCUCCAGAUCCUAAAGACCUUUGUCCUCUCACUCCUGCCCACUUUCUGGUUGGUCGACCGCUAACUACUCCUGCUGGCGACGAUAUUAAUGACAUUCCUGCGCAUAGACUCAAACGUUACCAGAGGGUAGAACAAAUGCGCCAACAUUUCUGGACACGAUGGUCCAAAGAAUAUAUAAGUGAGUUGCAGGUGCGGACAAAGUGGACCGACAACAAGGCCGAGUUGAAGGAAGGCGCACUUGUCCUGAUAAAGGAUUCCAACCUGCCACCUUUGAAAUGGAGCAUGGGCCGAGUUCUUCGUACUAUCUCAGGCAAGGAUGGGAUUGCCAGAGUGGCUGAUCUACAAACAGCUUCGGGCGUGGUGCGACGGGCUUACGCAAAAAUUUGCCCUCUCCUGCAGGACGACCAAGACCAGUGAUGAUGUCGCAACUGGAACCUUUUGAAAGCGACUGCUUCCAAGGCCGCGGGCAUGUUCGGAAUCGCAGCUAAAUUCGCUAAUUAUUUAGGUAGCCAACACUGCCGAAAAGCUUCUCCAAUCAGCGUGCUCCACAUCGCAAUUACACGCAAAUUUAUUUCGCCACUAUUGGUCGCAAUAUUGUUCCCUUACCCCACUGUCCUCGAAUAAUGUAACGCUUAGAAAAAUACAUCGCUGCAUAGCUUCUUACUGUA